UAAAAGUAUAUAUAAAUGGGAGAUUCUAAAGCGAUAUUUUGCAGGCUUUGCAAUAAUCCUGUGAGUAAAGGAAAUUUUACAGUGAUAGACGAAGCUACAAGAGAAAUUUUAAGGACUGUUUCACUAAAUCUAGACUUGGACGACAACAAUGAACAUGUCAUGUGUUCUACCUGUUCUGUUAAACUGUACUCUGUGUUUGACUUUAAAUCUACUUGUCUCUACGUUGAGGACAAGAUUGCCAAUUAUGUUAAUCCUAAGGUGUCCUUCGUUGACUUAAGAGAAGUUUAUUCCAAGGAGCAUGAGAACAAAUCAGGUAAAGUGGAAGAUAAUGAGAAAAUAUGUCGAUUAUGUUUGCAGUUAGUUAGAGGAUUUGUGCCAUUUUAUAAAGUGAAGUUAGAAAUUAUUCAUAGAUACAUCCCAGAGGUGGAUUUUGGUCUCACCGAAGAUCCUCUCAUUUGUAACCAAUGUCUUGAGUUACUCGUCACUCAUGAUUCUUUUAUAAAGGCCUGUUUGAAUGUUGAAAUAAAAGUUCAAAAUGCAGGUGAAUUUGAGCAUAACAUGUCUAUUAAAAACGAAAUCAUUGAAACAGGAUUAGGAGAUGAAGAUAGGAUGGAAGGGUCAAUCAAAAUUAAGCAAGAGCUAAACAUGGAAGAAACACCGAUGGAAACUGAAGAAGUUAACAUAAAAAGUGAAGGAAAUAUUUUUGAAAGCGGUUCUUCUUCGCACAAUUUACAUAAUGAAAUGGUCGACAGCAAGAAUAGGCACAUUUAUAAAGAUGUAGGCGAAAUAAAGAAGGAAUCUAUGCUUAAAUGUGAAAUAGAAGAAGUUCAUACAAGCGCUCUAGGAGAGGUACCAUCGUGUAAUAGUGAAUAUGAAAACGAUUUUAACAGCAAUCUAAAAUGUGAAGCUCCAGGACUUAUAGAUUUUGGAGUACAAAUGCACAAAUGCAAUAUGUGUGAUUAUGAAACUAAAUCUAAGGAUCGUCUAAAUGUACAUCAGUUAUCACACAAAGACCCUUUGGAAAUCCAAAUGUACAAGUGUGAUGCGUGUAGUUAUGAGUCUAAAUACAAGCAUUCUCUAAAAUACCACCAGUUAACACAUAAAGAUCCCUCAGAAAUCCACAUGUACAAAUGUGAUGUUUGUACCUUUCAAACUAAAUAUAAGCACCGUCUGAAAUAUCAUCAUUUAACGCACAAAGACCCUUCAGAAAUCCAAAUGUACAAAUGUGAUGCUUGUAGUUUUGAAACUAAGUACAAGAGACAACUAAAACUGCAUCAGUUAAUACAUAGAGACUCUUCGCAAAUACAAAUGUUCAAAUGUGACGUUUGUACUUAUGAAACUAGAUAUAAAAAUCAUCUAAAAAAUCAUCAGUUGACCCAUAAAGAUCCGUCGGAAAUCCAGAUGUACAAAUGUGAUGUAUGCCAUUAUGAGAGUAAAUAUAAGCAUUCUUUAAAAUACCAUCAGUUGCUGCACAAAGACCCUUCUGAAAUUCACAUGUACAAGUGUGAUACCUGUACUUUUGAAACCAAACAUAAGCACCAUCUAAAAUGUCAUGAGUUAACGCACAAAGACUCUUCAGUAACCCAUAUGUACAAAUGCGACAUUUGUACUUAUGAAACUAAAUAUAAGAGUCAUCUAAAAGAUCAUCAGUUGACUCAUAAAGAUCCUUCGGAAGUCCCCAUGUACAAGUGUGAUACAUGUGCAUAUGAAACCAAAUACAAGAAGGGUCUCAGAAAGCACCGAUUAAUGCAUGAGAACCCUUCCACAGCAGGGAUAUCGGAAUGUGAUACACCCAAUACUAUUGUUGAUAAACAAUAUCUUACAUGUAAUCCAUCAGUACAUAAAGGUUCUCCAAAUGUCCAGGUAUACAAAUGUAAUGAUUGUGUUUUCGAAACCAGGCAUAAAGACAGUUUAAGAGUUCACGCCCUGAAACAUCAAGAUCCCUCGAAGGUGCCAAUGUACAAGUGUGAUAAAUGCGUUUUCCAAACAAGGCAUAAACACAGUUUAGUUAGGCAUCAGUUAACACAUAAUACUGUAGUAAUGUAAGUCUACAAGCAAUUAUAGACGAUUUAUUAGCGAUCAACGGUAAGUUGUAACAGCAACUUCCGAAUAUCAAAUGAUCAGGUCUAAUUUUAAUACUUCAUAAGCCUAUAUAUAGCAUUGUUUAGUUUUCGAAGUAUAAGCCAUCAGUCAUCCUUUUUUUUUCAGUUUCAAAUAAUUUUUUACUGUUAUUUUUUUCGUCAUGUUUAGGACAUAUUCAAGUAUUUAAACCUUGUAAUUUGCAUUUGAAUUUAAGAAAAAAUUGUGUGAUAAGCAUGCAAUUUCCCCGCAACUAAAUUACGAUGUCUGAUACAGGCUUUAAGAUAUUACAACAUUCUUAAAUAGCACUGAGAAUUCGUUUAAAACUUUCAGACAUAUUGAUUGGUUCUCAGUGGCCACCAGAUAGCAGUCAUAACUUAUAGUUAGCCAUUAUUCUUAGUACUGUUAAUAAUAUAUUUAUUAUAAUUCUAUUUUGGAAGGAUCAAUAUUUUUGUUUAAUCUU